AUGAGCUCAUUUGGAGGAUUUGGUGGCUUUGGUGGCCAACAACAGCAGCAACAGCCUCAACAAAACAUGUUUGGUCAACCUCAACAACAACAGCAGCCUCAACAGCAAGGAGGAUUUGGAGGAUUCGGCCAACCCCAACAACAGCAACAACAACCAGCAUUUGGAUCAUUCGGCCAACAACAACAAACUCCAAAUCCAUUCGGCCAACAACCUCAACCUAUAUCAACCUCAUUCGGUGCUCCACAACAACAACAGCCUGCUACUAAUGCGUUCGGUGCAUUCGGCCAACAACCUCAACAACAACAGACAUCCCUCUUCGCGCAACCACAACAACAGCAACAACCAGCAUUCGGUGGAUUUGGAGGCUUUGGCCAGCCACAACAGCAACAGCAGCAACAACAACAAAUAGGUGCAUUCGGAUCAUCCAUGUUUGGAACUCAAAAUGCAUUUGGUGCGGCUGGACAAUCCAUGUUUGGAGCUCCUCAGCAGCAACAAGUUCAGCAGCAGCAACAGCAGGAAGAUUGGAAGAGUCCGAGGGAUGUGGAGACUGCGCAACGAAUUGUUCGAUCACUAUAUCCAAAAGACGUGAUGGAUCAGCUAUAUCUUAUGAGGGAAAUGUGGAAUCAGAAUUCAAAGUUUUACGUGUUUCGUCACUACUUGCUCAACUUUGUCCAACCAACUGAAGUCAAACUCUAUCAGCCGGGUGAAGGUGAUUAUCUGUUUGGAUGGAUGGAAAAGAAACGAGCGAUACCUGACGAGAUUGCUGACAAGGCCGUUCCAGUCCAGAUACUCGGAUUUGAAGGUCUGGACAAGAGGUGUAAACAGCAACGAGAUAAUAAUGCUAUUCAUAAUUUGGAGAGUCGAGUUGCCAAGAUACGAAAUCACCACUUCCUGGAUACGACAAUGCGUUUGACUGCAUAUCAACGCAAGAAUGCUGAAUUGAGUUCUCGUAUCGCUCGACUAAUGUCAUACACUCAAGUCCUCCGCACACGCUCCACAUCCAUCAAACCCGACGAAGAAGCCUUUAAAGCACGCAUAGAAGCCCUUUCCCACAAACUCGACCACGAAAGCCAAAUACGUGCCCGCAUAAUGGAACUAAGCACCCGGAUCGAGCACUUACGUGACGAUCGCACCAUGACUGAUGUCAACAACACGCAAGGUGGUGGUGGUACUGCGGGACUGGAAGGAGCGAUCGCAGGCGACGUUGACCAGCUCAAAGAUGUAUUGCAGGAUCAUGAGAAAUGGUUGGCGAGUUUGACUGAGAUUGUGAAGAAGGAUGCGGGGGAUGUGGGGAAGAUGUUGGCGAGUUAUGCAGAGGUGUUGGCUCCUCAUACGAGUUAG